GUCUCCAGUCACCGCUCAUUUAAAAUUGGGCCCUCAUCCAGAUUAAAAUAUAUCAAUUUUUCAAACACAUAUGAAGGAGCAAUGAUAUAUAUGCAGAUAUUCAAAGGAAAUUACCCAAAUGUACAAGAGACGUCGUUUGUUGGUAUUGGACAGCCAGUGACAAUCAUUAUUUUUUUAAUUGAUAGCUCCGGUUCCUAUAAUGUACAUGUAGAUGAUUGUUGGGCUCAUGAUAAUCCAAAUUUGGACUUUUCUGGUCAUAAACUUAGUUUGACAAAACGUUCAAAAGGCAAGAAGAAAAUAAUGAAUGAAUGGAAGAAAUUCAAGAGCCCAGUGGAACACAAAACUUUAUUAUAUUCGAAUUUCACUUCAUUUAGGUUUCCCGAAAAAGAAGAAAUAUUCUUUUCAUGCAAUGUUGAGAUUGACAGAAGUUUAGGAAGCGAAAUCAGAUACCUUUGGGAGCCUCAUUACCGUUUACCAAACACUGAAUUGAGGUAUGGUUCACACAUAGUCAGAUGAGGUUAUAAGGAUUAUCAACUGUCGUCAUCAAAAGUACAAUCACUAUAAAAAAAAAACAAAUUGAAAAAAUACUGUUUGUCCUAUAAGAUCAUCUUUCUCGAAGGGAAUGUAUAUUUAUGUUAUAUUUAUUUCUCUUGUAUCAGAUGAGUGCUAUUUUUGUUAAUAAAAUGUGUAAAA